UACGUCGGCAGAAAAGUUUGCCGCGAUAAUAUACCAGCAACUUGUAUGUGUGAUAACGAAACACGAUGACGUGUGCUUUGCCGCAAGUGAAAGUAACUCAUUAGUGGUAGGAGCAAUACACGUAGGCCUUCAAUAUCAGUUAUAUGUUUUGUUGAUCGCAGUCUCUCGCGAGUCGUCGUUACGUUCAGUCGGCAUUUUUACGUUUCACUCCGAUAACGAUGUGCGGAAUAUUUGCAUACAUUAAUCACUUGACUCCGAAGACCAAACGGGAAAUAUUAGAACUGCUGGUUACUGGUUUAAAACGCUUAGAAUAUCGUGGCUAUGACAGUGCGGGUGUCGCGAUCGAUGCCGCAGAUCAUAAAGAUAUAGCUGUGAUUAAAAACAGCGGGAAGGUAGCGGCUCUAGAAGAAGUAUUGCAAGAGCGUAGCUUGGACCUUUGUGUAGAAGACAGUGUCGAGUCGCACUGUGGCAUCGCACACACACGCUGGGCCACCCACGGCGAACCCAGCUCCAUCAACUCGCAUCCGCAACGCUCAGGUGAUGAUAACGCUUUCGUCGUGAUCCACAAUGGCAUUAUCACCAACUACAAGGCGGUCAAGACCUUCCUUGAGAACAAGGGGUAUGUCUUUGAAUCACAAACUGACACAGAAGCCAUUGCCAAGUUGAUACAUCAUAUUUACAACCAGCAUAAGGACUACAACUUCCAGGAACUGGUUGAGCAGGUAAUUCAGCAGUUAGAGGGGGCAUUUGCUUUGUGCUUUAAAUCACGUUAUUUUCCUAAUGAGUGUGUCGCAACCCGAAGAGGAAGCCCUCUACUUGUGGGUCUUAAAAUGCACCAUCGCAACACCAGUGAUCAUGUCCCUAUUAUGUACACCAAUAAUAAAGCUACCCGUGGUGUCGUUCCCACAGUUCCACGAGUUGACAGUCAUGCCCAAUUUCAACCAGAAGAAGAGCGUACUGUUGAAUAUUUCUUUGCAUCAGAUGCAUCUGCAGUAAUUGAGCACACAAACCGUGUCCUGUACUUUGAGGAUGAUGAUGUUGCCCAUAUCAAAGAUGGGGUCCUCAGCAUUCACCGGUUGUCAGGCAGCAGCAAUGAUCCACAUCAAAGAGAAAUUUUGACUUUGAAAUUGGAAUUACAGCAAAUAAUGAAAGGAAACUAUGACUAUUUCAUGCAAAAAGAGAUUUUUGAGCAACCCGAAUCCAUUGUGAAUACUAUGAGGGGCAGACUUAACUUUGCUAAUGGUACUGUCACUCUAGGAGGCAUUAAGGAUUAUAUCCCAGAGAUUAAACGGUGCCGCAGAUUAAUGUUGAUUGCUUGUGGAACCAGUUACCAUAGUGCUGUGGCAACUCGUCAGUUGUUGGAGGAAUUAACAGAGCUUCCGGUUAUGGUUGAACUAGCCUCCGAUUUCUUGGACAGAAACACUCCAGUAUUUCGUGAUGACGUUUGUUUCUUCAUUUCACAAUCUGGAGAGACAGCUGAUACUCUAAUGGCCCUGCGCUACUGCAAACGUCAUGGUGCUUUAAUUGUUGGAAUCACUAACACAGUGGGCAGCUCCAUCUGCCGUGAGUCCCACUGUGGUGUGCAUGUCAAUGCUGGUCCUGAGAUUGGUGUAGCCUCAACAAAAGCUUACACUUCACAGUUUAUCUCUCUUGUUAUGUUUGCCUUGGUUAUUAGUGAGGAUCGUAUUUCCCUACAAAAACGCCGUGCUGAUAUUAUAGCGGGGCUUCAUGAAUUGGACAGCAAAAUUAGGCAAGUCCUAGCCUUGGAUUCUGAAGUGAAAGCUCUUGCAGAAGACCUCUACCGCCAACGUUCGUUGUUGAUAAUGGGCCGCGGCUACAAUUUUGCUACGUGCCUGGAAGGAGCUCUUAAGGUAAAGGAGUUAACAUACAUGCAUAGCGAAGGCAUAAUGGCUGGGGAAUUAAAACAUGGGCCCCUAGCAUUAAUAGAUGACUCUAUGCCUGUCGUGAUGAUCGUCAUGCGGGAUCCCGUGCACACCAAGUGCAUGAACGCGCUGCAGCAGGUGACGGCGCGGCAAGGGCGGCCCAUCGUCGUGUGCGAGGAGGGCGACGAGGAGACCAUGUCCCUGGCGUCCCGAUGUCUGCAGGUGCCAAAAACUGUGGACUGUCUGCAAGGGAUCCUCACUGUGAUUCCCAUGCAGCUGCUAGCCUAUCAUAUCGCUGUAUUACGUGACUGCAAUGUUGAUUGCCCGCGAAAUCUCGCAAAAUCCGUAACAGUCGAGUAAUUGUAAAAUCGUUAUUAAUGCGCAACAAAUCUUAUCAUCAUUUAAUUUUAUUGUUCUUGUUAUAGUGAGGUAAACAAUGUUAGGCAUAGUUUUGGAUUACAUUGCAAUUUAAAAUAAGAGGUAACGAGUUGUACAUUAACAAAAUCUUUGCUAGUU